GUUGUGCCCAAGGUCUGCACUUGUAGUUUCCACCGCAUCAAAGGCCGGCCCUACACCACCAUCCUCAUGGGCCUCUACUUCGUGGUAGGCCUCAGCUGCGUUGGCAUCUUCUACUUCCUGAUCCAUCGCAAAGUCAAAAGCGCCGCCCACGCCAUGGAUCAAUACAAGCUGAAGAAAGUCAGCGUCAAGGGAGCCCAUGUGGCUGGAACCAGCUCAGCUACCCCAGGGCAUUAUCAAGAACUGGACAGUGGGGUUGAUAGUGCAGGGCCUUCCCAGCAGUCCUGCGAGGAUCUACCCUCUGAGCCAACUUCCAAAACCUCCGUUCCUUCAGCUUCAGGGAGCAACAGCACUCCUCCAGUGCCUCAGCCUGGUGUCCCACUGAAGAAAGCAGCCACUAGCCAGCCAAAAGACAGCAAUACGGAAUUCCGCCGGGUGACCCGCAUGUGCUUCGUGGUCUUCAUUUUCUUUGUCUUGUGCUACAUCCCCUUCCUGCUGCUCAACAUCUUUGAUGGCAAAAGCAGGGCCCCAACUGUCCUGCACAUGAUUGCUGCUAACCUCACAUGGCUCAACAGCUGCAUCAAUCCAGUGCUUUAUGCUGCUAUGAACCGCCAGUUCCGUGAAGCCUACAAAGGAGUGCUCAGCAACUUCACACAGAGGUUUUGCUGGUGCAGCUAACCAGAAGCGUAGCGUUCGCUGCCUCUGCAAAUAUCUUCUCUUUGUCCACAGUUCUGGAGGUCCCAAAGAAUCAGCCUAGAAUGUCCUAGCAGUUGGCAUUCAUAGGUCCCCAUGCACUUCUUGAGAGUGGGAAAAAUACCACUUGUGAGGUUAGUAGCCAGUGGUGGAAGUAUUUGACCUGGCUAGACUUCAAGGAAUCGGAGCAACUGUUGCUCCUUCACAGAGCCGCUUGUGUAGAAAUAUUCACUAGUUCUCUUUUUAAAUAAGUGUGAACACUGAAAACACUGCCGAAUCCUCACAUUACUAUUUGUAUAUAUUUUUAUUUGCAAAUGUAUAUUUUUUUCACACACAUACAUGUAGAGAAGCCAUGUUCCUGUAUCAUAUCAAGACUAUUAUUCUUGGCCAUGGCACAAUCCCCCCCCCCCC